AUGAAUGGGAAUCUAUGGGAAUCUACCAUAAGUGCGUCCGAUGAUCUACCCAAAUUCGAUGAAUUUUCAAAGUUUUUGGAAAAUCGGUUUAGAUCGUUAGAGUUUUUAGAUACAAAGGUAAGAACAAAGCCUGUUUCUAAACAGAGUGUUCUACACGCACUUAAAACUAACUCAUCUAGUAUCUCUUUAAAUAAUUGCCAAUACUGCCAAGGAUCUCAUAAAAUUGCACAUUGCAAACAAUUCGCUCGACAGGAUUAUGACAGUCGACAAAGCUUUGUUCAAAACAACAAUUUAUGCUUCAACUGUCUGGGAAAUAACCACUCGGUUUAUUUUUGUCGGCAAACCUCCAAGUGCCAUGUUUGUAAACGAAAACACCACUCAUUAUUACAUCCAAAUCGGAAACCAAGUGAAGUAACAAUCGGAAAUGCAGAAUCUGGUGUCGUUAAUACGGUAACAGAAACUGUUCAACCAAAUGAGUUAACUAGUAUAACCUCAUGUUUUUCAAAUAUACAGAGUCAUGUUCUUUUGGCUACAGCCUUUGUAAAGGUUUUGUCAAAAAAUGAAGUUGGUAUUACAUUUAGAUGUCUUUUAGAUCAGGGAUCCCAAGCGUCUUUUAUUACAGAGAAUGCAGUUCAAACGCUUGGACUAAAAAAGAUUCCGACGAAGGUUGUGAUAUCAGGAGUAGGAGGACAAGAGGGCUUAGUAUCCAAACACAUAGUAGUUGCUAAUCUGCAGUCAAUCCAUGAUCCCCAUUUUUUGAUAAAAGUGAAACUUCACGUUUUAGACAAAUUGACAGCAUUCAUGCCUUCAAAGAAGUUUGCUGUUCAAUUAUGGUCGGAGCUAUCUGAAUUGCGAUUAGCUGAUCCUACAUUUUAUAUACCUAAUAAGGUAGAUCUAUUACUAGGAGCAGAAGUAUACGGACAAAUACUAGAAGACGGUCUAAUAAAGGGUCCUCCAGGAUCACCAGUGGCUCAAAACACUAAAUUCGGAUGGAUUCUUUCAGGACAAAUUUAUUCAAGCUCUCACACUGGAUUGGAGUGUGACUCCAGUAAUAGGAUUGUCAGUAUGCAUUCCUAUGUAGAUGAAAAUGAGGUUUUAAGAAGAUUUUGGGAGAUUGAGUCUGACGAUUUCUCCUACAAGAAGAGUAAAAUAUUAACUCCAGAGCAACAAAAGUGUGAAGAGAUAUUUUCUCAUACAACCUCUAGGGAUGACUCUGGACGUUAUGUGGUUAAUUUACCUUUUAGAGACGAAGAUCCUCGAUGCAAGUACGGAAAUUCGAGAAAGAUAGCUACUAGAAGAUUACAGUUGUUAGAAAAAAAGUUGGAGAAGAAUACCGAGUUAAAGAUACAAUAUUCUGCAGUGUUGCAGGAAUAUCUUGAUCUAGGCCACAUGGAGUUAGUACCUGAAAAGGAAAAAGAGGAUGUUCAUGUAGUUUAUCUACCUCAUCAUGCUGUGGUGAAAGAAGAUAGAACUACUAGUAAAAUACGCAUUGUUUUCGAUGCGUCCUGCAAAGGUGGUAAUGGGGUAUCACUAAAUAACGAUCUUUUAGUAGGGCCCGUAUUACAACCUGAUUUGCGGCAUAUAGUGUUGCGUUGGCGACAACAUCCGAUAAUUUUAGUUGCUGAUCUGGUUAAAAUGUACCGUCAGAUAAAGGUGACAAAGGAACAUUGCAACUUUCAACGUAUUGUCUGGCGAGAUCAAUCUGGAAACAUGCAAUAUUAUAGAUUAUUGAGGGUUACAUUUGGCACCAAUUCUGCUCCCUACCUAGCUGUAAAGGUAUUACAACAGUUAUCUGUUGAUGAGGGAAAGAAUUUUAAAUCAAUCGGGGAUAGAGUUACUCAGGAUUUUUAUAUGGACGAUCUCAUGACAGGUUGUCAGUCGGUCGAAGAAGGAAUAGUAGUAUAUAAAGAGAUGAAAGACUUGAUGAGAAGGGGAGGCUUUCAGCUUCAAAAAUGGGGAAGCAACAGUCAAGAACUGUUGGAAAAGAUAGGAGAAGAUAAAGGGAACAAAAAUAAGGAAAAAAGGGUUGACAUAGGAGUGGAAAAGGGAGUAAAGGAAGUGAGAAAGGUUCUUGGUCUAAAUUGGAAUAGCGAAUUAGAUAAUUUUGAGUAUUUGGUUAAACUUCCUGCUGUGAGCACCCCUUUGACCAAAAGGAAAGUAGUGGCAGAUAUUGCUCGCUUAUUUGAUCCCCUUGGCUGGAUAUCGCCUCCCUAUUGUACAAGCCCUAUUGUACGUCACUCAGUAAGAUCUAAUCAACCCUUUAUGGGUAAUCUGCCGAAAAGUAGAGUUACACCCAGUAAGCCAUUUUUUCAGAGUGGAGUGGAUUAUGAUGGCCCCGUAUCAAUAAGGGUUUCAAAAGGGAGAGGUCAUCAUGCGUCCAAAGGCUAUAUCUGUCUAUUUGUGUGCAUGACAACAAGAGCUAUUCACCUUGAGUCUGUUAGUGACUUAUCCGCUGAAGGAUUUUUAGCAGCUUUUAAACGUUUUGUUGCAAGAAGAGGUCACUGUGCUGAUUUAUGGAGCGAUAAUGGCACGAACUUCGUGGGUGCCGCAAAAGAGCUCAAGAAAUUAUUGAAUGUUGAGCGUUCUACUGUAGCCGUAGAAAUUGCUGAGUGGCUAGCGACUAAUGGCACUAACUGGCACAACAUUCCUCCGUAUGCUCCAAAUUUCGGUGGAUUGUGGGAGGCUGGUAUAAAGUCCACCAAAUUUCACCUCAAGCGAGUAAUUGGUAAUUCCACGUUAACGUAUGAGGAAAUCACAACUGUACUGACUCAAAUUGAAGCCUGUCUCAAUUCAAGACCGAUAUCGCAAAUCAGUGACAGCAUACAGGAUCCUUACCCACUGACCCCCGGUCACUUUUUAUUGGGUGAAUCUUUAUUACUGGUUCCCGAUGCUAAUUAUGAGAAUUCCAAUGUAAGUAGCUUAAGGCGAUGGCAAUUCACACAAAGAUUGGUCCAAAAUUUUUGGCGACGUUGGUCGAAUGAGUAUCUUACUCAAUUUUUGCAACGCCACAAAUGGAGAAACAGUGUUUGUGAACCAAAAAUAGGUGAUGUAGUUUUAGUCAAAGAAGCCAAUCUUCCACCUGCAAGAUGGCUGCAUGGUAUAAUAACUGAGAAACAUACAGGUACUGAUGGUGUUACGCGAGUAGUUAGUUUGCGUUGUGGGAAUAGUCAAAUCAAAAGACCUGUCUCUAAAUUGUGUUUACUGCCUGUGACUAAAUAA